AUGUCGACUCCGGCCGCAAACUUGGGAGACUUCCUUCGAGUAUUGAUGGCAGUGCAGGCUGUGCUCCUGACAUACCGUGAGCCCGCAUCGGCUGAGGAGUCGCCCGACGAACUCGACAUCAUUGGGCGUCACUCGCGCGAUGAAUCGCCGGAUGAAAUCGAUUUCCUCACCCAACACCACCGCGCCUUCAUCGCCACAGACGACGACGACCCCACCCUCGACGCCAUCGAGCCCGUCAAAUCGAUCACUAGCGACCCCCAUACCUGGCGCGAAGCAAUGUCCAGCGACGAGCACAACAUCUGGGCUGAGGCCGCCGCCGCCGAGUUCACCGCCAUGCGCGACGACUUCAAGGUGUUCACCAUCGAGCCUCGCUCAUCUGUACCGCCGGGCGCCACCAUCGUCACCUCCAAAUUCGUCUGGAAGACCAAGCGCAACGCAAGCGGUGAAGUCACGGGGCGGAAGGCACGUCUUGUAGCGCAGGGUAACCGACAGCGCGACGGCAUCGACUUCUCAGAAACCUUCGCACCCGUCGCCCGUUUCUCCUCCAUUCGCUGCCUCCUGGCUCUUGCCGCUGCCAAUGGCUACCACGUUCAUCAGGCCGACAUCGACAAGGCUUACCUCCACGGCGAGCUCGAUCAUGAUAUCUGGAUGACGACACCACGCGGUUUCGACUUCCCGAGCGAUAAGGUUCUCCGGCUGCGACGCUCAAUCUACGGUCUCAAGCAGGCCGGUCGCAUCUGGAAUCGUCACAUUGACACAUCACUCAGGAAUCUGGGGUACAAGGCAACAGGCACUGAUCACUGCAUUUACUCUCGCAUUGACGAUCAGCAGCGGCCUCACUAUAUCGCCUUGUAUGUCGACGACCUCCUCAUUGUCAGUCCAGCCCUCGACGAGAUCGAACGUGUCAUCUCCGGCCUUGAACAGCGGUACGGCGUCAAACGACUCGGCCCCGCGGAGUACAUCCUCGGAAUCCAAAUACGCCGCCUGGACGACGGUUCCAUUGCUCUAUCCCAGGAGCGCUACAUCAUGGACGUGCUGGCCCGUUUCCACUUCGACACCACGACACGCGGCACUACGGUGCCGAUGACGCCCGGCCUCUCGCUCACGGCAAUUCCGGGUCAGGGAACGGAGCGCAUUCGUUCGUGGUACCUACAGGCCAUCGGCUCCCUCCUCUACAUCUCCCUUGGCACUCGACCCGACAUUGCCUUCGCCGUCUCGUACCUGUCCCGGUUCGCCAACAACCCCGGCCGCCGCCAUUGGAUUGCCGUCAAACACGUCCUUCGCUACCUUCGCGCCACGUACCGCGAUGAGCUUCUCUAUGCCCGCGGCCCAGCAAAAGUCACGGGUGUGGUUGGUUAUUCUGAUGCGAACUGGGGCGCCUGCGUCGACACAUCCAUUUCAACGAUGGGCUACGUAUUUUACUUGGCAGGCGCCGCUGUCUCUUGGUCGUCGAAGCGUCAGACUCGGGUAGCGGAUUCCACCACUGAUGCCGAGUACCUGGCCUUGUCGCACGCGGGUAAGGAAGCGAUCUACCUUAACCAACUCCUCUCCGAGCUCCACGUUUGCCCAAUCGCUGCAGCUCACAUCUUCACCGACAACGAGGCCGCGGCCGCCGUCGCUCACGACCCCGUUCGCACCUCCGGCACCCGGCACAUUCGCCUCCGCGAGCAUUUUGUCCGUGACAUGGUCAAUCGAGGUGAUAUCUCUCUCUCACACGUUGGCACAGCAGACAUGGUUGCGGACGUAUUCACCAAAGCGCUAGGCCCCAAGAUUUUUGGUACACAUUGCUAUGCUCUAGGCCUCCGGACGCGACAUCCACGGCUCAAGUCUACCUCGCGUUCGCGUGGGGGGGGGUGUGAGGAAUCCACUCUCCGCUCGGCUCAGGACUUAGGCGCGCGGAGCGAACCGGGCGCGGACUUAGGCGCGCGAAGCGAGCCUGGGACUUAG